AUUUAAAGGCAGCGGUUUACCGGAAUGGAUGCCCGUUGACUUAAGGAACAGCCUAUAUGGAUUGGAGCUCAUCGCCUCCGGAGCAAAUCUGGGGAGAGUCAGAGAGUGCUGUGGAAGAGCAGACUUCAUCCAAAAUCCCAGGUCACAUGACAGAUUUGUGUAGCAAUGAAACAGACAACUCUCCUCCGCUUCAGCUUCACACACUCAAGCAGUUUGAACAGCACCUGAAUGACCUGAAGAAGGAGAACUUCAGCCUCAAGCUCCGCAUCUACUUCCUGGAGGAGAGGAUACAGCAGAAGUACGAGGAGAGCAGUGAGGAUGUCUAUCGUACGAACAUCGAGCUGAAGGUGGAAGUAGAGAGCUUGAAGCAGGAGCUCCAGGAGAAACAGCAGCUUCUGGACAAAGCACUCACAACAGCGGAGAGCUUGACCAAUCACAAUGAGGCAGAGCUGCAGAGACGCUGUCGGGAGAGACAGCAGGAAAUUGACCACAUGGAGCAAGUGCUGGAGACCAAGAUUCAGCUCCUGCAGGAGGAGGCCCAGUUAGCACGCAGCGAGGCUGUGCGGGUGGCCUCGCUGGCUGGAUCGCACUCCCACGCCUCCCUCCUCUCCCUCGACACCCCCAUGGAGGACAUCCCAGAGGACGAGAAGCCUCUGAGCAUCCUGUCCCCAUUCAACACCAACAAAGACAGGUUAAUAGAGGAGCUGACUAAAGAGCUUUGCUCCAAGGAAGCGUUCAUCACAGAGCUGAGCGGAGAGAAGACGACUCUCACGCUCAGGGUGGGAGAGCUGGAGGGACAAGUUCAGGAGCUGUCUUCAUCUCUGCUGCAGAAGGACAAGGAUGUGGACUUUUAUCAGGAGGAACUUGGUCAAGAGAGGCUGCGCAUCGAACAGGAGAUGCAGAGCCUCGUUGAGGAGCAGCAAUGUCAGCUGAACCAGUAUGAGUGUGCGGCCAGGCAGUGUGUCAGCGAGCUGCAGAAGGCCCAGCUCCAGGUCCAAUCCCUGCAGGCCAAGAUCCACGAGAGUGAGGCCAACAACAUGAAGCUACAGGAGAAGCUGAAUGAGAUGGAGUGUGAGCUGCGUUCAAUCCGCCAGGCUGCUCAGAGUCAGGAAAGAACCAUUCUGGGUCUCUCAGAGUCCAUCGGCACCAAAGACAGUGAGGCCCAGGAGCUGUACCAGCUGAUGGAAGGGCAGAACUCGACUCUGUGUAAGCUGAGAGAAAUGGUCCAUCGCAACCAGCUUGCUCAGUGCAAGGCUCCAGAGGGGGUCAGAGAGUCCUUGACGCUCGCCCAUCUGCAGGGCGAGCUUGUGGCGGUGCAAAGCUCCUUGUUCUCCCUCGGCCUGGAGCUGGAGGCCAGCCAGAGGAGCCUGAGACAGAGCCAGAGGCAAGGAGAUGACCUGUCGAGGUUCAAGGACAGACUCAGCUCUGAUCUACAGGAUGUGCAGCAGCACAGGGAGGUCACUGAAAAGCACAACCAGGACCUGUGCUGUGCCCUUCAGAAAGCCCGCUCUGAGCUUCAGGCUAAAGAAGCAGCUCUGAAGGAGACCGAGGCAGAGAGACACACUGUGGUGCAGGAAAAGGACAGGAGCAUCACACAGCUCAAACGCUCUCUGCAGGACAAGGAGCAACAGUUACAGGAGUACUCAGAGAUGUUAGAGUCAACAGGAAGCUCCAAACCAAGAGAUGUCCUGCUGGAGAAACUAAGAGAGCGUAUUAAAGAUAGAGACAGAGCUCUGGAGCGCUCCAUCGAUGACAAGUUCCGCUGUGUGGAGGAGCGCGAGGGCCAGGUGAGGAGGCUGCAGCUGGCCCUCAGGGAGAAGGAACGAGACCUGGAGAGACUCCGCUGCAUCCUGUCCAACAACGAGGAGACCAUCACGAGUCUGGACGCCUUGGUGCGUGGCAAAGAGCUGGAGCUAGAGCAGGCGGCCGAGGCCUACAGGAACCUCCAGUGGCUGAAGCAGCAGAGUGAGGAGAAGGAGAGAAACACCCUGAGAGAGAAAGACACCAUCAUCAGCCAGCUGCAGGCAGCUCUACAGACACACAGCCAGGAGGCACAGGAUCUGACAGCCGCCCUCGUUGCCAGAGCUCAGGCCGGUCCCACUGAGGUUGUAGAGGAGUUGAAGGCUCGGCUGGCCCUGAAAGAAAAACUCUUCCAGGAACUGCUGUCAGACCGCAGUCGCCAGUCUAAUGAACACCAAGCACAGGUCCAGGACAUGCUGAACACUCUCAGCUCCAAAGACCAGUAUCUGCAGGACUACUCCUACAGGCUCUCCCUUGUGAUUAAUGAGCGCACUGGCCAGCUGCAGGAGCUACGCAGACAGCUGUCAUCCAGACAGCAAGAGCUGUGCGAGCUGAAACAGGACAAGGAGAGAGAGACGGGAGGAGAGGCGGAGCAUCUGCGGAGUCUGCUCAAAGAGAAAGAAGCCUUCAUCAAGGAGCUGAUGCAGAGCCAGGAGGAGGCGAUGCAGCCAUCCUUUAAAGAGAGUGAGGAAGAGAUGAAGGCUCUCCAGGAGGAGUUGCAGCUGGUACUGAUGAAGGAGAGGGAGGCUCAGAAGGAGCUCUCUGCUCUGCGUGUGUCUUUGGGUCACCAGCUGGACGCUAAGGACAGCACUGACCAUCAAUGUGUGCUGGAGCAGCUUGAGUCAGAGUAUAACAAGCUGAAUGAUGCCCUAAAGGCAGAGAAGAGAUUAUACCAAAAUCUCACGCACAUUCACACCAAGAGUGACAGCUCCCAGAAGAUCCAGGCCCUCCACACCGAGCUAGACUCUGUUCAGGCGCUCCGCAGACAGCUGGAGGAGGUCCUGGCCAGGACCCGUAACAUGGCCUUGGUGGUGGAACAGGCAGCUAAAAGGCAGCCUGACUUUGGAGAGCUCAGCACAGAGGAGGAGGAGGGAGACGAUGAAGAAGGCAGCAGUGACGAGUUCACGGACAGCAUAGAGGAGGAUGAUAACAAAGUGACGGCCAGAAGUUUGGCCUCCAUUCAGGCUCGUGGAGCGGAGGCUGUGACUGGACCGCUGGUGUCCCAGAGAGCUGAUGUAAAGCAGCUUGAGGAAGCAAAGAAGACACUUGAAGACCAGCUUGAAGAAAUAAAGUCUCAACUGGAGAGCGAUGGAUACACCUCCGUGGCUCAGAUGAGGAGUGCACUGCAGGGGCUGCAGCGGGAGAAACAAGCUGUGAAAGACAGCCAAGGACUGAACCAGGAAGAGGAAGAAGAGGAGGAGGAUAUUGAGGAAGACGAUGAAGAGGAGAAAAGCUCUCCAGUGCCGGUGGGGAAGCGAUGUCAUCCGUGUGUUAGUCUGAGUGAUGAGCGAGGGAAGAGGCACUGCAAGAGGCCACGCUCUCUGACGUCCCAUCAUCACACACACCAGCCUGAGACGGAGGUGGAGCCUGCUGGGGACCGCAGUGAGGUGGGAGUGCUCUGGCAGGAUAUAGAGGAGGGUCUCCGGAAGCAGGCGGCCCGCCUGAGCUCCGAUCUGGCUCUGAUCCACCAGGAGAACAGAGAGCUGCAGGAAAGGCUGAUGGUGUCUGAGGCCACGGUCCAUGCUCAGGCGGAACAACUGAAGGAGUACAGAGAUCUGCUCACGGAGACAUCGGUCCAGCAGGCCAGUAAGCAGGUGCAGGUGGACCUCCAAGAUUUGGGUUAUGAGACUUGUGGUCGCAGUGAAGCAGAGAGAGAAGACGCCAGCAGCCCAGAGUUUGACGACCUUGAGAUGUGCACGUCACUGUCUCAUCAACAGGACUAUGAGGGUGCGGGAGGCAGCUGGUACGCUGGCAGCAGUAAUACAGAUGCUUAUGAAAUGGGUGAUGAGUCAGCCUCUCUCCAGCAUCUCGUCCAGGAUCUCCGCUCACAGCUGACCCGCUGCCACAAGGUGAUCCGUGGGCUGCAGCUGCGUGUCCGCUCCUUGUCUACCACCAGCGACUACGCCUCCAGCCUGGAGCGAACCCCACGCAAGGUAAACUGGGCCUUCGAGACAUCACCAGCCCCUAGCGGUGUGGAGGAGGAUGAAGGCUGGAUGUCUGACACCCAAGGUAUUCGCUCAGGGUCCAAGCCCAGCAGGGAGCUGCAAGAACUGUUGGCCCGAGUUGAGUCACUGGAGGCGCAGCUGAAGAACUCCAGACUGGAGGGCAAAGGCCAAGCAGAGGAGGAGAAAUGUGCCACCUGGCCCGGGAAGUACAACACUCUGAUCCAGGCACAAGCUCGUGAGCUGUCCCACCUGAGGCAGAGGAUGAGAGAGGGGCAAGGAGCCUGCCAUGUCCUGACCCAGCACCUGGGUGAUACCACCAAGGCCUUCGAGGAGCUGCUGCGGGCCAAUGAUAUUGAUUACUACAUGGGUCAGAGCUUCAGAGAGCAUUUGGCACAGAACUCUGCUCUGGCACAAAGAGUGGUCGCCAAGAUCAGUGGACGCGAGCGUGCAGAGAGCCAUGAUGACAAGACAGGCCAUGAGUUGCUUGCCCUACGACUGAGCAAGGAGCUUCAGCAGAAAGAUAAAAUCAUCGAGUCACUCCAUACCAAGCUGCAGCACCGUCCAGAAACCCCGUCCAGCUGCCACGCUCUCUCUGAGACCACAGACCAAUCAGACAGAACGUCUUUGGUGUCCGAUGAGUACAGAACCAACGAAGACGUGGACCUGUGCUCCGAUUUAGACGCCAGAGAAUAUCAGGAGGAGCACCGGCUGCGGCAGCCGGGACACGGACCAGAACAAGACGGUAAAAUCCCUCCAUCUUUUCCUCCUCCUCAUGGCUUCCUCAAGACCUCCAACAGCUGUCCCAACAUGCUUUGCUCAGCCCCUCUGGGAUUGACCAGUCAGUCCUCCAGAGCCCUUUUCAGGGAUCCUGUCUCCUACUCCUUCUCUGUCCCCUGUGGCCCUGACGUCUGGGGUAGAGAAGUUAUUUCUGACCCCCGGCCCAGGGCCCUGUCUGUGAUUGCUGUUCGCCCAGAGCUGGACACGCUGUACAAACAGAUGAAUGAGCAGAACAGGGUUACAGGCUUUGCAGUUCCCCAUGACCAGGCUCUGUUCACUAUCUCACCUGGUGCCCACAACCAGCACGACCUCUCCGGCUACAGCCAGCUCUCCCAUCAUGCCUUUCAACAGUAUCCCGAAGGCCACUCGCUGAAGUCUGACUCGGGUCCAGUGACGGGAGGGACUUUGUGGGACAUGGAGAACAUGGUUCAGCAAGUGGGAGGCUUCUCUGGAUCAUCAGGAUACCAGCAAGGAAGCAGCCAUACAGGGGUAAAUCUGAUAGAGGAGCACCUGCGGGAGGUGAGGUGUCUCCGUCAGCGUCUGGAGGAGUCCAUUAGGACCAAUGAUAGGCUCAGACUGCAGCUGGAGGAGAGACUCGCCUCGAGUGGGCGUGACGGAGGUCCGCCAACAAACAUCUACAUUCAGGGACUGGACACAGUUCCUCAACUGUCCAAUGAGAUCAGAGUCCUAAAGGAAGAAAACAUGGGUCUACAGUCACGCCUGCAGGCUAGCACAGACACAUGUGAGGAGGUGGUGCAGUUGCGGGAGGCGGUGUUUACAGCACGCGCCCGCCUGAAACAAGCGGAACUGGAGGCAGAGCAGUGGAAAGAGGAGCUAAGACGACUUCAGGCUCACAGUCAGGAGCAGGGACAGCAGAUUCACAUAUUAAGGCAGGAACGACUGGCCAGUCAGGAGAAAACCAACAGGCUCCAGCAUGAGGUGUCUCUACUGCAGCAGCAGCUAUGUGAGAGCAGAGAGCUCAUCCACUCCCUGCAGAGCGAACUACAAGUAUACGAUCAAGUGUGUUCCAGCACAAAGGCCAACCAAGGCUACCUGUGUGAGCUCCCAGGUCUACCGGUGGAGCUGGGCGAGCUGCUCGGGGAGGUGAGGAGUCUGCGAGCCCAGCUGCAAAACAGCGUCCAGGAGAACAGCGCUCUUAAACAACUGGAGCUCCACAAGCAGUUGGAGCAGAAGCUGGGUGUGGGCUCUCCUCGGACCCCCUCCCUCUCCGCCCUCACUGCCAGCCCUCAGAGAGAGAACUUCUACAGGCGACAGCUGCUGCACGACCCUGCUCCAUCUCCACCAGUCAGGGACAUUGGUCUGUUUAACUGCGGCUCUCCCGGUCCUCCCUACUCAGACCUGGACGACAGCCAUAGCACUGCCAAUGCAGACCCUCUUGACCCUCACUCUGAGCUGGAGGGGGAAGCUCCUGACGGCUCGUUUGCGAACCGUAAUGGCCGCCACGCCAUCGGUCAUGUGGAUGACUUCAGCGCUCUUCAGCAGCAAGUCCUAGAGGGCCGGAGCCUUGUCCACCGCAUGGAGACAACCCUGCAGGCCUGCCUCAGCCCCCCACUGCUGGAGGGCAACCGGAAGCAGAGCAGUGAGCUGAUCCUGGACUAUGGAUGUGUGAAGAGUCUGCUGUCGAACACCAAGACUCUGAGGCAGAUCCUGGAGGAGGCGAUGUCUCUGCUGAAGAUGUUCUGGAGAGCAGCGCUGCCCAGCACUGAUCCCUCCAUGCAGAACCUCAAGAAGGAGCAGGGUAUGCAAGAGGAAAUCUUGUCCCUGAAACUGCGUAUGUCGGAGCAGGAGGAGGUUCUUAAGGGGACGAUUCAAAGACUGAGGAGCACCAGCCGCACCAAGGAGAACAUGGAGCACUUCAUAGUCAACCAGCUGUCAAGAACUCGUGAUGUGCUAAAGAAAGCAAGGACAAAUUUAGAGAAGAAUGAGCUGAGACUUUCCUCUCUAAGCUCCUCCUCCUCCUCUUCUUAUGCUGCUGAGGACCCUGGAGGUGCUGCCAGAGAGCGGCCGGCUGAUCGCAGUUUCCUGAAGGCCAGCGGCGCUUCCGGAGCUGCAGCCAAUCAACGUCCAGCAGCGAGGAAGCGCGGCAGCCAAUGCUUGCUUUAGACUAAUAAAGAACCAGCCUCAACGCUACCACCUCUGACCUCUAACCUCUAUGCUGAAACAGCCAAGACCCACAACCCCCCCACCCUCCUUCCAGCUCCCCAAACACCAGCCUUUCUAGUCCCACCCAGUCUCCGUCCAGCCAGGAGAGUGCUUCCACACCUCCCUUCUCCAGGCAAUACGUGCGCAGUAUAAUCUGCACCUUGAGCCUUACCACCUUCACCCCCUCGCCAGUCACUCCCCUCCCCCUCCCACCACAUGUAAUGUUGUCUUUGAGUGAUACAGUUGGCAGUUUGCCUCGGCGUGUGUGUGACAGAAGAAGGUGUUUGAAAUGUGCCUCUGGUGGUUUCAGUGACGUGCGUCCUACUGAUGGAGCUGGUUGAAGAUGCUCCUAGAAACUGAUCUCAGACCAGAUGUGUGUUCUCAAUCUGGUUUCAAUUAAGGCAUUUUGGGUUGUAUUACAGAAACGUUCAGGAUAAUUGUACCUGAUUUGGGCAUUUAAAAAACAACAACCGUAGACUUGAGAGAACUUAACUUGUGAGUUAAAAACAAGUUUCUCUAGUGCACCCCCAGAUCUGUAUCUAAGAGUAUCUUCUUUUGAGAGCCAGACAGCCUGUGGACGGAAUAGAUGUUCAUGCAUGUUUAAUUGUGGCUUGAGAGAGGAAUUCUGCACACACGUACACACAAACACAUACAUGUAUAUCUGUAUGUGUGAUCGAAAACGGCUCACUCAAAGACAAAACAUCCUCAACUUUGACUGCCACAGAAAUGCAAGUUUACUUCGUGUGGCACUUUUAUGAACAAGGACAUUUUCUUUUUUUGCAAAUGCAAUGCAAAGAACAAUGACACCCACUACUACACACAGUGGAGGAAUGUAGAGGAGGUAGGCGAUCACUGCUAAGUAGUCGUGUACUAGCUGUAUCUGUAUGAAUGCUUUGUCAGCCAUCAGCCAAGGGUUAUGAAUAGCAGAACAAAAGCCAGAGAAAGGUUCCAUUUUAGUCACAAGCCUCCUCUUUUAGGGUCCUAACGGUGCCUCUUUUGGGCAUUUACCUACUGAAUUUUAUGUAUUGAAUAAGUCAAAAGGGUCAAUUGAAAGCUCAAGGCUUUGAUCAAUCUGAUUAGUUGUGAUUUAAAAGCAGGACGAUAGAAUACAUAUAAAAAGAGGUUAAAGUGCUCAAAUGGAACCAGGCUCAACACGCGUAUUCAAGCUCCUCUGUAGGAGUUCUCAUACGAGCAUGUGCAAUAAUGAUGUUGUUUCUUGAAUGUUCAUGCUGCACCGGGUCUAUUAUUAUUACUUUGCUUGACACUGGAUUAUUAGUCACACUCAUAAUAACUUUAGCACACGAUCAGUGUUACGAUUGUACUUUUCACCAGAGUGUUGAUGCAUGACAGAUUGUAAAAUCUAAGCUAUGGAACAUGGGAUUGCCAAUACUUGCCAAAGUUUGAACUUUGAAAUCUUUACUUCACUUUGCCUUGCCUUAUCCAUGCGAAUGACAAACCCAGGUCUGAUCAGACCGUGGAGACACCGAGGUGUCUUCUUUCAGAGCCACAGAGACGGUAACCGUUAGACAGGUGGAUCAGUGUAUUUCGAAUUGUGUGAUGGAAAUUAGCUCCUUUUUUGGACCAAAACUCAACAGAGUAGAUUUUUCCCACGUGGCCAUAUGCUAUUGUCUUUAUGUUAUUUCUCUUGGUUCAGGCCAUCUUAGCAUUCCCAUGGCAAUGGCAACAUAGGUUAUCAAGUAUAUAGAUGAUGCAAACUUUGGCAGGCUACUGGUAGGAUCAUUGUUCUUUAAUUCACUCACUUAUAACAGUUCAAAUUAAGUUUGAUGUGUUCUUGCUGUACAUUUGCCAUUUUAUGCUGUAAAUAACCGGCUUUUUCUGUAUGAACCUUUGUGUGCGCACGCAUGUGUGUGCCUGUGUGAGUGUGUGAGUGUGUUAAAAAAACAUCCAACAUUUGCUUUUUGCAAAGUUGAUUUUCUGGGUAGCUGUGCAAUAGCUUUAUAUGUUUUAUUUUGAUGUUAAACAUCAUUGUAUUACGAGUAUGUUUGCUGCAUUCACUUCCUGCAAUGUAUGAUUUCUAUGCAGUGUGUGUUAGAGGAUUGUGUCACUGUAUCAAUUAGUCACAUAGGCUGUGUCUGAUAAGAAACCACAAGCUAUGCCUUUACGAUAUUUAAGUCACUGAUCACAAUAUCAUCCACCUAUAACAAAGCUCUGAUUAAUGUUGCUUCGCUUGCCUUUACAUUUAGCUGGAGAGCUUCUUUAAUCUGCUCUGUUGUAGAAAAUGGCCUUGAACUAGUGCUCGUCUACCUGAGAUCUGCCAAAUUAGGUUUUGUUUGCGCUCGAGUCCUCAGAAAAAGACAAAAGUUGCCAAGUAUUUCAAUAGAGAUAAAAAGUUUGAUAGUACCUUUUUGAAAUUUAAGAAGUUAAAGAGAAAUGUUUUGAAGAUUUGUCUACUGUAAAAAAUAAAAAGCCAAUGAACGGAGAGAUUGUGAAACGUUGGAUCCACAAAGCACCUUGUUAGAGCGUAAACAAAGCCUUUUUGCUAUUUGUUAUAAAGAAGGGAAUCAAACAGCAGUUUGAAACAGUGUAUCGCUGGUCCUGCGUUGCGUAUGUAUAUAGUGCUACUUGAUUGGUGCAGCUUUUAUGUGAUUGGAAAGCAGUUUUUUCUGAGUUUGUGCAUAAUGAACUAGAAAGCCGAUACAGGACUCGUAUGGAUCCUGUCUCUGAUGACAGUUAACUGUGUGCGGUGUUGGCAAAAGUAUUAUCAAUGAAAGAUUUUGGGAAAGAAUGAAUAAAACACUUUAAAAGUU